CUUAGGAAUCGCAUGAACCAACUGUGAUCUCAUCUACCCACACAAUGGCAUUCAUCAUACAACUAUAUCCUAUAUAUACAACCGGAUUCCAUAAAAAAAUUAAGUUACUUUUAACACAAAUAUACCAUACAUUACAAGUCUUAAAAAGAAUACCUCAUAAAAUUUCAUGGGAAAUAAAGGAAAGAUGAUGGUGGCCCUUGUGGUGCUAGGAUUGUUGGUUCAAGGAACAGUUGCACACCCAUGUGGGAGCACAUUUUUCUCGGCUUUGGUGCAACUGAUACCGUGUCGUGCAUCAGUCGCACCAUUCAGCCCCAUCCCACCAAAUGAGGCCUGUUGUACCGCAGUCAAAGUUCUUGGCCAACCUUGUUUGUGUGUUCUUGUCAACGGUCCUCCUAUUUCUGGUGUUGAUCGUAGCAUGGCCAUGCAACUUCCCGAAAAAUGCAGUGUCAACUUUGAACCAUGUGAACUUGCGAAAAAGAAAGAGUGA